GAGCUUUACAGUAGCCAGGAGGAGGUUCAUGAGGUUUCAUGAGGUUGUUCUUAGCGCGGAGCCAGGAGUUUCACAAACGAACAGGUGUUCAGGGGACUUUCACACACAUGGAUCUCACGCUGUAUUGGCAGCUAGGGAAGCUUUCAAAAUAAAGAUGGAUACAAAAUUACCAGAGGAGAAUGGACAGAUGUUAUCAGCGCACAAGGAGGAGGAGGAGGAGAUGGAGGUUACCAUGACAACGCAAUUAGAAAAUCUCAUUGUAACCCCUGCCAAUGCAGACACAUCAUUAAAUCUAGAAAGCCAUCCAGAGGAAACAGAAGAUGUACACACAGACAGAGCAGCAGCAACGCUUUCUGUAGACAGCGUGUGUAAAGCAGAGGACUGUGACGGCGAUGAGUCAGAUGAUUCAGACAGUGACAGCUCUUCCUCAUCCUCCUCUUCUUCCUCUUCAUCCUCAUCCUCCUCUUCUCCCUCUGUCCGCGUUCUUGAGCGUGAUGAUGACGACGAGGGUUUCAGCCAACCAGCGCCCAUCAAAACCAGAGAUGAAGUCCUGCUCGAGGAGCUGCCAGCAGUGGAGGAGGUGUCUGUGUCAUUACCAGAAGAUGCACAACUGCAUCCUGUAGGAACAGUCUCCAGUAUUAUACAGCAACUUGUUAUAAUCCAGUCUCUGAAGGACACGCCCCCUCUGACCGAUGACACCAUCAUCUUUAGAUCUGAUAGGCUCGCUGUUGGCAAGGUGUUUGAGGUGUUUGGUCCGGUGUCCAGUCCGCUGUACAUUUUACGUUUUAACUCCGCGGACCAGAUAAGCAGCAAGGGGCUGACAGAGGGACAGACUGUUUAUUACACACCGAACAUCAAAGAGUACACAAGAUACAUCCUCACACAACAGCUCAAAGUUUUUAAGGGAUCUGAUGCAUCCUGGAAGAAUGACCAAGAACCACCAGACGAGGCUUUAGAUUAUAGUGAUGAUGAGAAAGAACAGCAAGCUAAGAGGAAAGCCAAAAACUCCAGAAAGAAGAGGGACAAUAACAACGCAGAUAAUCCUGCCCACGUUACCCAGAACACCUUGCCGCAGCAGCAGCAGCAGCAUAAUGUCCGGGGUUUCCCACCGAGACACGCAGGACCGCCACUCAGGCAUCAGAACCCGAGGAAUAAACACCCGCUUUUCAGCCACACACCCACUCCACACAGACACGCCCACCCACCACCACCGAGACACACAAAUGUCCCUCCCAUGUACCUCCCCCCUCCCUGCCCUUACCCUCCUCACCUUUUCCCCCCACCCAACUUCCCUCUGUAUCCCCCCCAUCCUCCUCCCUCUUUCUUCAAUCCGUCUUUCUCCUCCCAUCUCUGGCCACCAAACUCUGUGCCCUUCUCUGACCUUCCUCCUCCUCCUCCUCCUCCACCCCCUCCUCCUCCUCCUCCUCAGUGAUGUACAUGUACACACUGACCAGAGUUCCUCCCGCUGGGGAGUCGAUGUUAUCUCGUUAGAUGAAUAUGUCAUCUGUUUGUAGACCGUCAGACCGGACAGCUGGACAAAUCAUCCACGUGUGAUCGAUCACUGGCUCUGCUUGUUAGCUGUUUAUUAGGCUGUACAAUCACUGAUUAUGAAAUAAAACAUUUACUUAAUAUAGCUGAUGGAGCCCAGUGACGUGCUGUCACCAACCACAUAUCCUUCCACUGCAGUGUUUUUAACAUUUAAAUACUAUGUACAAAAUAUUAGUUAGGUUAUUUUUUUGUUUACCAUGGAGACCUCCUGAGGGAAAGUAGUCACUGAUUAAAAUGUUUUUGUUUUUUUUAUAUAUAUAUAUAUAUUUGUCAUAUUCCAAGUAUGUGACCAUUUUCUUUGUCAAAUGCCUCUUAUAACACCCUAUUCUCACGUGCGCACUGAAACACCGGAAAAAAGCGGCACGCUGCCAUUCAUUGUGAAGUGAACCUCAAAAAAAACGUGCCGCAACUCCGGACUUAAAAGGCACGAAGUGGGCGAGUUGAGAAACGUUAUGCACAUGUUGUUGCGUCAGCCAGUCGUGCUGGUUUUUGGUUUCCCCACCAAACGCAAGCACAUAGUUGUUUUCUAUCCAAACUGAAAUCGGUUAAAAGACCUCCGAAACAAAACCGAGACAAAGCUGAUCGUCACGGUCAGUGGACCCCUGAGUCUUUAUGAUCACACACCUCAUUUUAAGAUGGGCGCGAGUGCAUUUUCGCUACAUACACAGCGUGGGGGCGCUGGGCGUGAAAACGACAACUGCAUCGGUCCGAAACUCGCAAUGACCGUUGCGGUGCGCCGCGUUGCGCCGGGUGUAAGAUGGGGGCCUUAUAUGUCGAAAUAAUACACAACACUGUUCUACUGAUUAUGAUCUGUAUACUGCUAUAUUUGCAUUUCUACACUCGAGCUUCAUUCUUUGAAUGUAUUCCUUUGUUAUGGUCCAGUCUCAUCUCUUAAGUUUGUGUCCUUCAUACAGUCAUGUCUGGAAUGGAAUGGGAGAGCAUGUGUUGGUUUUAAGGUCUGAAAAGAAAAUGGACUAAGGAAAAGAACUACUGUUCAGUCUCCGUUUAGUUGCAGCUACUUGAUUUGUAGACCUUCAAGGACUUCAUGUGGCAUUUGUUAAAUGAUCAUUAGCUGAUGUGUCCUGAUGUGAAAGUGAUGGGAUACCAGUCAUUGUCACUCAUAUGUGAUAUUGUAUAUGUACUGCAUAUUUUUUUGUAAAUGUCAAUAUUUCCCCCUCAUUUAAUUAGCUGCGUCAGUGGAAAUAAAUGUCCUCGUGUGAGACCGAC